AGGCUCCUCUGAGGCCGCGCCUUCGAGCAGCCCGAGGUUGCAAGCUGGGCUGCCUGGCCUCACUCUGCUGGGAGAUCUUCGGCGGUUGUCGGAGACCGGCUGACUGGCCGGCGCGCGGCGGAGGUCGGCCGAGCACCGCCUGGCUUCCAAGGGGAUUUGCGGGGGAAUCGGAGCCCAGAGGCAGCGGGGAUGGCCUCAGCCUCCCGGAGGCCUCAGAGUGUUCUGGGAGAAGCGUCAGGCCAGAGGGCGCUCUGAGGUUUGGGCAGCGGAGACGAGCAGGGCUGAACUGGGCGGCCGGGGGAGGGAGGAGCGAGGAGGCUCCCUCGGGCCACCAAGAACGAUGCAGCACCCCCUGGACCUGGGCGCCGCCGCCGCCGCCCACUAUUUCCCUGCCGACCCCUUCGUCGACCACCGAUCGCAUCGCUACCGGAGUUUUAUGAUCGAGGAGAUCCUGACGGAUCACCCGGAUGCCAAGGGCUCCGCACCCGCCGGGGACCUUCUUAAGUUCGGCGUGAAGGCGUUGCUCUCGGCACGGCCCUAUCACAACCCCUUAGCGGUACUGAAGGCUGAGCAGGCGUCCGUCUUCAAGUUCCCGCUGGCGCCGCUGGGUUGCUCCGGCCUGAGCUCGGCGCUGCUGGCGGCGGGCUCCGGGCUCCAAGGCGGCGCUGGGCCUCCACACCUGCCCUUCGAACUGCAUCUCCGCGGGAAGCUGGAGCCGGGAACUCCGGAGGCCGUCGGCAAAGCCAAGAAAGGCCGUCGGAGCCGCACCGUCUUCACCGAGCUGCAACUGAUGGGCCUGGAGAAGCGCUUCGAGAAGCAGAAAUACCUCUCCACGCCAGACAGGAUAGACCUGGCGGAAUCGCUGGGCCUGAGUCAACUGCAGGUGAAAACCUGGUAUCAAAAUAGGCGAAUGAAAUGGAAAAAAAUAGUUUUGCAAGGCGGAGGGCUUGAAUCUCCCACCAAGCCCAAAGGCCGCCCAAAGAAAAACUCCAUUCCUACCAGCGAGCAGCUGACGGAGCAAGAGCGAGCGAAGGAAGCGGAGAAACAAGCGGAAGGCCUCGGAUCUCCCAGCCAAGUCAGCCAAGAGGAAUAACUAUGUGCUGGCGGCUGAGGCCUUGCUUUUGAACACGGAGAGUUACUGUACUGCAGAGGCUGCAUUGAGCAAGUUCCUUUUCCACUACUAGAGGUCGCAUCUGCGUGCCGGCUGCUGGAACCUCCAGCCAGUCAGCCUCAAGUUUAGACUUAUGCGCCUUGCAAUCGACUAGACCUCGUUGAGGCCCUCGCUUGAUUUAUCCACCACGUGGACGGGCUGUUGUGUAAAGAGGACUGGGCGCAAAAAAUAUGCGAGGCCCGUGCAACUGGUUUUGUUUUUAAGAAGCCACAAAGUGGAAGAAGAUGGGUGGCAAAAUGGUUAGCAGACUAUUAUUCCCAGUUGAAUCCAUUGUAUUUACUGUGCUCCUGAUCUACUCCGCCCGCUCCCUGUGUACGUACAUGAGGAAAACGUUGCCUGCUGUCUGGGUGGGCGUCAAUCGAGAAGGGUGUCAGGGCAGACGGUGGCUUUCUUCUUUCGCUGUCUAAGGUCAGGCGGUUCCCUCACCCCAAUUAUUCGACAAACGCCUUUUACCACCGGAUUUCAUUAACCCCAAGAUACUGAUUUUAUUUCAAUAAAGUAUUUUAUGAAUGAUUGGCCUGAGCAAUGGCGCGCAUUCAUUUCCCCAGAGCUGUCAAGUCCGGGGAUGGGGAAUUGGAGCCCCCCCUCUGAUGUUGUGGGACUUCUGUUCCCACCAGCCCCAGACAGCGUGGGAGUUGUAGUUCAGCAAUGUGGAGUGUGGUCAUUGGGUCCUCAGCCCCAA